CCUUUGAAAAAAUUCCGUCAUUUGCACAUUAGAGAUUAUGUGAACAACUUCAACAAGGGUGUGAUUAAGUUUAUAAACAUAUGAUUUAAUAAGAAUUAUACAUUUAAACUUAAAGUUGGCGUUGGUAUGUAAACACAUGUCACGGAAUGGAUCUUAUUUCUUGAAUGUAACUACAACAACAACUGAUUUAGAUUUGUAACAUGGAAAAUAUUCAAAACGAAAGUGAGCUAACUAAUGACAGUAAUGUCCCGGAUUUUUCUGGAAAGACGUGGAAAGAGGAUGUGGUUCUUCUUGUUGAAGGAAAAGAGUUAUAUGCCGCGAAAAACGUCUUGGCAUAUAUUUCGCCAGUGUUUGAAGCAAUGUUUUCACACCCAUUCAGUGAAAAAGACAAAUCGAAAGUAGAACUACCAGGAAAAAAGUAUGAAACUUUUCUGGAAUUUAUGAGAUGUAUCUACCCAGGUUCUGAGAGAAGUAUAACAGAGGAGAAUGUUUUUCAGGUACUACCACUUGCUGAUGAAUAUCAAGUCAAAACAUUGAUGACAAAAUGUGAAAUAUUCUUGCGUCAGUUUAUUGGUAAAAAAACAACGUCUACACAAGAUAUUCUGAAAUGUUUAGCUGUUUCAGAGCGAUAUCAUAUGGCGGAAAUUAAGGAUAUUUGUGUAGAUAAAAUUGAGAGAAUGAAGUCGUUAGAAAUUGUUGAAGCAGAAAUUGAACCAAUAUGCAAAGACACAAUGUUCGAAGUUAUGAAAAGGUUUGUCACAAGGGAACAUUUAGAGCUUGUGAAACAUUAUAUUCUAAAUGGCAUAAAUGAAGCUGUUGGAGAAACCGAGUUUGAGGGUUUUACCGAUGCAAAGGGUGCAGUGAUAGAUUUUGUAUCAAAAGAUGUAUCAAAAAGGCAAACAAGCAGCACCGGAGUGAUUCAUUCAAGUCCUGUUGUAGACUUCUGGAAUUUCAAAUUUCGUGCAUUUGUCAAGUACGAGCGUGAAAAUAACAAAACAAAAUUUGGGAUUUUUUUAGAAGUGGAUCCACCAGAUAAUGUAUCAGAAUCAUGGUCUGUUAAAGUUAAGGGUCGGCUUAUUUUGAGAAAUUCGCGUUCAGAAGACCUGAGUAGACAAAUUGAUCAUACAUUUACAGAGGACGAGUCUGACUGGGGAUGGCGUAGUUUUGCAGAAUUGUCUGAAGUACUUGAUCCAAGUAAAGGUUAUAUCGUCGGAGAUAAAGUACGGAUUGCUGCAGUUUUUUUGGCAAGCAAGCCUGAGGCAAAUGACUAAAUUGUCAUAUAAAUAUAUACAGUCAAAAAUUACUAGAAAAAUACCACUUUUUUGCAUUAGAAGUGUUUUAAGGGAAAUUUGAAUUCAUGUAUUGAGAGAAUGAAAGUGUUCAUGUGUUUACCAGUAUUUCUGUUUAUUCAAACAAGAAUAUUUGUGCAUUUUACUGGUAUGAGGGGUGUUCAAAAAAUAAUCCAGGAAAGUACUCUAAUGUCUUUAUUUCUUGUCCUGUUUUGCUAUUUUAGAUUUGAAAAUAUGAUUGAUCAGAACAUAUUAAAUGUGAAUGAUUAAUGACAGAUUUCAGAACAUACACAUUAUUGAAUCUUGUCUAUCAGUCAGGGGUGUAACUGUUUCAAGUUAUCACAGUUUAUAACCCAUUUGAGUUAUUGCUUAUACUUUCAUAACUUGUUUCAGUUAUCAUAAAAUAUUACAAAGACCUCGUGUGCCAAUUCCUCAUUUUGAAUGAGACUAAUGCAAUUAUUUCCUCAAUCCUUGAACUUCUAUCUUUCCAGCUAUGCAGUCAAAUUUUUUUACGCAAGGCUGAUAAGGAUUUACGCAAAAGUUGUAAAGCUAUAAUAAAACUCUUAACAUCCCAUUUUGCUUAUCAGGUCAUGAUCAGACUAAAAGAGAAUUGGAUUAACCACAGCUUGCUACUAAUUUCACUUUAAAGGUCACUUUGAGAGAACAGCAAAAAGACUUUUUUUGAAUAACUUACUGGGGUUAACUAUAUUUUAUAACUAAUACAGGUUAUAAAAUGCUUGAAUUGUGUUGAAAAAGUAACUGCUGACUGUCUAUGACAAUGUACAUACAUCUGAAGCAGCCCAUUGUCAUCAUGAGACUGUCAUAUCACACACAAUUAAUAAAUAAACUCAGGAUUACAAGUGGUUUUUAAUUUUAGUCUUUCUUGUCAUUAAAUGCAUUUCCUACAUCUUCCUUUGAACAAAUAGAUACUGUUCAUAUGAUAUAACUAUCAUAUUGAUGAAAUGGGACAUAUUGCACUGUGAUGUACCAAUCUGUAUCAGAGAACUUUUUAAUUUUCAAAACCUGACUAGACGUUAUUGUCUUUUGAUUUCUGGACAGCAAAUAGUUGGCAAUAUUCUGCUGACAACUUUUAAACCUCCCAUAGCAUUCAUAAAAUUUAAUGUUGUUUUUAGUUUGUGAUCGCACUUCGUCCGUCCGUCCACAAUUUCUUGUGAACAUGAUAGAGACCACAUUUUGCAAGCAAUUUUAAUCAAACUUGCACAAAACUUGCAUGUGCAUAAUAUCUCUGUUCCUUUCAAAAUCGGGCCAGAUCCCAUCAUGGGUUGCAAAGUAAUGGCCCCUUAAAGGGCCAAAAUUUGCUAUGUUUGGCUUGUGAACACGAUCAAUGUUGGGCGGUUAAAACCGGCCCCGGUUUUAACAAUCGGUUUAAAAUGGCCUCGGUCAAUACUCCCUGAAGUGGUCAAUACUGGUCGAUUGGACAGUACUGGUCAAUUAGUCAAUACUGACUGUUAAGAUAUUUUGCAGAGGUUAUGAACAAUUAAAUAAUGACUGUUUUAGAGCAUUUGGUGCUUGAUUAAAGUGAAUGCAGACAUUAUUAUUUAGUUAAAGCAACCAAAUCAAUACUCCCAAGUUGGUCAGAAAUGGUCGAUUGGUCAGUACUGAUUGGUACUGGUCAGUAAACAUUUUCUGUUAGAUUAGAUUACAAAGACAUAUUAGUUUUCUACAGAAAUGUCACAAUAAGUGGAAAAACUGCUAAUUUAACUGAACUUCAUUUGUAGAAAGUAUAUACAUAUCAUAAACUGUAGCAGUAAGUGUUUGAUUCACAAGUGAUAAAUAUAAUUAUUUUUACUGGUAUAUAUAAUUUAAUGAAAAACUGCUGUGGACACUGGAACCUUUCAUGGAAGUGGUUAAAUUGUGUUUUGACAGCAAUUGUCACAUUGAUUAAUUGACACCUUGUCUUACAAUAUACAAUAGAUUAUAUGUUGCAGGCCUGUCUGUCUAGUCACUAAUUAGCUGUUUAAAAAAAUAAGUUAUGCAGUCAAGGUAUUAUUACCACUAUAUGUAUAAAUCAGGGAUAUAUUGCCUAGGACCAAAAUUUGAAUUGACUAGUACUGUCCAUUUCAGUGAGUGUAAUUUAUAGUAAUAAAUUUUUUAAUUAAUUUAAAAUAAAGGCUACUGUAAGAAGAUAAAAGCACAAUAGAGAAAACAUUCUGCAAUCCACUAUAAUCAAACUUGCACACAAUUUGUAUUGGUAUAAUAUCUUGGUUCCUUUUGAAACUGGCCAGAUCCCAUCAUGGACUCCAGAGGUAUGGCUCCAUAAAGGGCCAAAAUUUGCUAGUUUUGCUUUUUCAGCCAUAUAUAGACUUCAUUUUACGGUUUGAUUUGAUACAAAUUUGCAAAAUAUCUUUAACAACAAUAAAUCUUGGAUUCCAUGGUUAAUCUGUCAGAUCCAAUCAUAGGUUCUGGAGUUUUGGCCCCUGAUUGACCCCUGAAAGAGCCAAAAUUUGGUAAUUUUUAUCUUGUGAACACGAUAGAAGUGACAUUUUAUAUUUGAUUUAACCACACUUACACGCAACUUAAGUCACAAUAAGAUCUCUGUUCCUUUCGAAAACUGGCUAGAUUCCUUCAUGUGUUCUAAAGUUACUGCCCCUGAAAGCAGCAAAAUUUUUAUUUUGGCCUGUUCAGCCAUAUAGAGGCUUCAUUUAUGCUUUGGUUUGAUACAGACUUGUACAGAAUGAUUAUCAUGAUGAUCUCUAGGCCUGGAUCGAAACUGGGUCAUGUCAGGUCAAAAACCAGGUCAUCGAGUCAAAUCAAAGGAAAAGCUUGUUAACAACCUAGAGGCCACAUUUAUGAUCCUAUCUUCAUGAAACUUGGUCAGAAUGUUUAUCUGGAUGAUUUCUAGGCCAAGUUAGAAAUUGGGUCAUAUCGGGUCAGAAACUAGGUCAUAAGGACAAAUCAAAGGGAAAGCUUGUUAACACUCUUGUUCAUCUGAUGUGCAUGAAACUUGGUCAGAAUGUUUGUCUGCAUGAAAUAUGGAAAGAAUUUUUAUCUGGGUCAUGUGGGGUCAAAAACUAGGUCACUAGGUCAAAUCAAAGAAUAAGCUUGUUUACACCCUAGGUGGCACAUUUUGGAUUCUAUCUUCAUAAAAUUUGGUCAGAAUGUUUGUUGUCAUGAAGUCUUGGACGAUUUCGAAUCUGGGUCAGGCUGGGAAAAAAUUGGUAACUAGGUCAAAUCAAAGAGAAUGCUUGUUUACACUCAAGAGGCUGCGUGUUUUGGUCCAAUCUUAAUGAAAAUUGGUCAGAAUAUUAAUUUUUUCUCCAUGAAAUCAUUAGGUAGAACAUGUUUACACUGUUAUGGUGUGUUACACAGGUGAGACCUAGGGCCAUCUUGGCCCUCUUAUCAUAAAGGCACUAACUCUUAAGUCUUCUGCAGCAUAGCAUUUGUCUUUUUCUUUGAUUUCUUUGAUUUAAAACACAAGAUGUUACCUCAUAUCUCCAUUCAACACUGAUGUUCAAGUGAUGGCAAAGAAAAUACGCCUGCCAAACAUUUUAGUGAUGUCACAUAAUUAUAUAAUCCAACGUUAUUAGCCAAAUGCUUACAUUUUAUGUUAAUAUUCACCCUAAUUAAGAAAAGUUAAUUUGAAAAAUAGGUAAAUGGCAAGUAAUGUUUUAGCAAGUGCAAAAAUAGAAAAAGACAUACACUGGGCUGGAUGAUGUCACAUGACAUUGCCAUGGGGACUAGUAUUUACUUAAUAGUCCAGGGAAAGUAUGAUUUUGACAUAAUAUUAUGAACUUCAGUAUUUCCUCAUCUGAGUUAUAUGACAGUUUCACUGAUUUUUUUAUCAUAUAUGUAGAAAUGAUAGCACUUCACGGGUAUUUAUUGAACACCCCUCGUAUACAAAACAUGAAAAGCCAUUGAUUCACUGAAUGUACUUUUGAGAAAAAAUUAGUAACCUGUUCAGGGCUUUUUUCCAUAGAAAACUAUCUCCUGUAAAAAAUGGCAGUUUCAAAACAAAAAGUUUCUUUUUCCUAAUUCCAAAUGCCUGUUAAUAUAUAGAGGGUUUUUGCUAUAUUGCUAUAGUUUUGCUACUUUUGUAUAUCAUAGUUACUAUAUGUAUCUAGGUUAAUGAAAUAUGAAUGAAUAAUUAUUGCAAUAUCAUCCCACUUUUGCAAAACAUUAUUAAAAUAAGAUACCUCUGUAUGUAUCAAAGUUACAUUUUUUUACCAAUUUAGAAUAUUUCAAUUUUCCCAAUUUCACUGGUGUUGUAGGUAAUCCCAAAAUGAUGGAAAAAGGCCUGGUGAUUUAUGUCAGUCUCCAUCGACCUUCCCCAGAAUAUGUUCAUUAUAAAUCUGAAAUGGUAUGAUGUUUAACCUAAUACAGAAAAAUACUUUGCUAUUAAAAAGGAAAUGUUUUUGUCUAGAAAUUAUCUUUUAUUCUAGUUCUUAACUGUAUAUUUACGCAGUCAUAAGCCAAGUUUCUUGUGAAUUAACAUUAUGAAUGAUUUGAAAACUAUAAAAUUACUACAUGUAUUCUUGGAAUAGUUUACUUCUAUACUUUGAAACAGAAAUAUUGCAACUUUUUCAUAUAUUUUGCAGUAUCCUUUGGGAGACGUGCAAGUCACAUAAAAUCUCAUUAUAUCUUUUUGUCAUAUAAAUUGCCAGUGUCUUACGAUAGAAUGAUAUAACUUCAUUGUAUUUAUUAUAAAUCUGUUUAUUAAUAAAACAAAGUUUGAUAAAAAA